UUUCCUGUUAGAUUGUAAAAUGGCGCUCUGUUGUUACAAGUGUUCCGAUUUAAUUUGACAAGGAUUUUUACGAGGCAUUUAUGUUUGAGACUUUGCGUUUGCUUCAUAAUGUAACUUAUGUGCAAGAGAGCUACAUGUUGAGCAGCAGCUUUCCUUCAUUUACAAGUUCACUUCGUUUGUGUUAGACAAGUUGUUCGCUGCAGACUGGCUGCUAGCAUUGUUAGCUAACUGUCUUAACAUUGUCCGUGCAUAUAUUCAUAUAAGUAUAAGCUCGGCAACAAGCAAAAUGGGCUACUUGAAACUCAUAGAGAUAGAAAACUUCAAGUCAUACAAAGGACGACAAAUUAUCGGACCGUUUCACAAGUUCACGGCAAUCAUCGGACCCAAUGGAUCGGGUAAAUCCAACCUCAUGGAUGCCAUCAGCUUUGUGUUGGCAGAAAAGACGAGUAACCUGCGUGUGAAGACUUUGAAAGAUCUAAUCCAUGGAGCUCCUGUGGGGAAGCCAGCUGCCAACAGAGCGUUUGUCAGCAUGGUAUACCAAGAGGAUAACGGAGAGGAGCGUUCCUUCACACGGGUCAUUAUUGGGGCCUCAUCCGAGUACCGCAUAAACAAUAAAGUGGUUGGACUACCUGAAUACAGCGAGGAGCUGGAAAAACUUGGCAUUCUGAUCAAAGCCAGAAACUUUCUUGUCUUUCAGGGGGCUGUGGAGUCCAUUGCCAUGAAGAACCCCAAAGAGCGAACAACGCUGUUUGAGGAGAUCUCACGUUCUGGGGAGUUGGCACAAGAGUAUGACCGCAGAAAGAAGGAGAUGGUGAAAGCAGAAGAAGAUACACAGUUCAAUUAUCACCGCAAGAAAAACAUUGCUGCAGAGCGCAAAGAAGCCAAGCAGGAGAAGGAAGAGGCUGAGCGAUAUCAACGCCUUAAAGACGAGGUCGCCAGAGCCAGUGUACAGUUACAGCUCUUCAAGUUGUACCACAAUGAGGUCGAGAUCGAGAAACUGAACAAAGAGCUCGGCCAGCGGAAUAAAGAAAUCGAUAAGGACCGUAAAAAGAUGGACCACGUCGAAGAGGAGCUGAAGGACAAGAAGAAAGAGCUGGGCAGGCUGAUGAGGGAGCAGCAGACCAUCGAGAAAGAAAUCAAAGAAAAGGACUCUGAGCUGAAUCAAAAGAGGCCCCAGUACAUCAAGGCCAAAGAGAACACGGCACACAAAAUCAAAAAGCUUGAAGCUGCGAAAAAAUCUCAUCAGAACGCCCAGAAGAUGUACAAGAAGCGCAAAGCUGACAUGGAUGAGCUGGAUAAGGAGAUGAGAGCGGUGGAGUUGGCCAAGCAGGAGUUUGAGGAAAGAAUGGAGGAGGAGGCUCAAAGCCAGGGCCAGGACCUCACACUGGAGGAAAACCAGGUGAAGCAGUACCAUCGCCUGAAGGAGGAGGCCAGUAAGCGCGCUGCCACUCUGGCCCAGGAACUGGAGAAGUUCAACCGGGACCAGAAGGCUGACCAGGACCGCCUUGAUUUGGAGGAGAGGAAGAAAGUGGAGACAGAGGCCAAAAUCAAGCAGAAGAUUCGUGAAAUAGAAGAAAACCAGAAGCGUAUUGAGAAGCUAGAGGACUACAUCACCACCAGCAGACAGUCACUCGAUGAGCAGAAGCGCAUGGAGGAGGAGCUGACGGAGGAAGUAGAGAUGGCCAAGAGGAGGAUUGAUGAAAUAAACAUGGAGCUUAAUCAGGUGAUGGAGCAGCUGGGAGACGCCAGGAUCGACAGACAGGAAAACAGUCGACAGCAGCGCAAGGCAGAAAUCAUGGAGAGCAUCAAGAGACUUUACCCUGGAUCUGUGUACGGCCGCCUGAUUGACCUGUGCCAGCCCACUCAGAAGAAAUAUCAGAUUGCUGUUACUAAAGUGUUGGGCAAGAACAUGGACGCCAUCAUCGUCGACUCAGAGAAAACCGGCCGAGACUGCAUUCAGUACAUCAAGGAGCAGAGAGGAGAGCCUGAGACCUUCCUUCCUCUUGACUAUCUUGAGGUCAAACCAACAGAUGAAAAACUGAGAGAGCUGCGCGGGGCCAAGCUGGUGAUCGAUGUGAUCCGCUACGAGCCGCCACACAUCAAAAAAGCCCUCCAGUACGCUUGCGGCAACGCUCUGGUUUGUGAGAAUGUUGAGGAUGCACGAAGGAUCGCUUUCGGAGGGCCUUACAGACACAAGACCGUAGCCCUGGAUGGCACGCUGUUCCAGAAGUCAGGAGUCAUCUCCGGAGGAGCCAGCGAUCUGAAGGCCAAGGCCAGACGCUGGGACGAGAAGGCGGUGGACAAACUAAAGGAGAAGAAGGAAAAACUUACAGAGGAGCUAAAGGAGCAAAUGAAGGCAAAGAGGAAGGAGGCAGAACUGCGUCAGGUGCAGUCUCAGGCACACGGCCUGCAGAUGAGACUAAAAUACUCCCAGAGUGACCUGGAGCAGACCAAAACCAGGCACCUCUCCCUCAACAUGCAGGAGAAAUCCAAACUUGAGAGUGAACUUGCGAAUUUUGGCCCUCGCAUCAAUGACAUCAAGAGGAUUAUCCAAUCCCGUGAGCGAGAGAUCACUGACCUCCGAGACCGCAUGAACCUAGUGGAGGACGAGGUGUUUGUUGAAUUCUGUAAGGAGAUCGGAGUGAGAAACAUCCGAGAAUUUGAGGAGGAGAAAGUGAAGAGGCAGAAUGAGAUCGCAAAGAAGCGUCUUGAGUUUGAGACCCAGAAGACCCGUCUGGGAAUCCAGGUGGACUAUGAGAAGAACCAGCUGAAAGAGGACCAGGAGAAAGUCAUGAUGUGGGAGCAAACUGUUAAGAAAGACGAGGCUGAGAUAGAGCGCCUUAAGAAGGAGGAGCACAGACACAUGAAAAUCAUUGAUGAGACGAUGGCCCAGCUGCAGGACCUGAAGAACCAACAUCUCACCAAGAAAUCUGAAGUCAACGAUAAAAACCACGAAAUGGAGGAGAUUCGCAAAAAACUGGGAGGCGCUAACAAAGAGCUGACCCAGCUCCAGAAGGAGGUCACUGCCAUCGAGACCAAACUGGAGCAAAAGCGCAGUGACCGCCACAACCUGCUGCAGGCCUGCAAGAUGCAGGACAUCAGGCUGCCUCUUCGCUCCGGAACCAUGGAUGAUAUCAGCCAGGGAGAAGGGAGCUCUCAGACAGAUGACUCUAGCAGUCAAAGGACGUCCAGCAGCGUUCUGGCUAAAGAAGCUCUAAUAGAAAUUGACUACAGCAACUUGUCUGAAGAUCUGAAGGAUACAUUGUCAGAAGAGGAGAUAAAAGCAGAGACAAACACACUGCAGCAGCGUCUGAACGAGCAGCAGAGCAUCCUGCAGAGGAUCAGCGCUCCCAACAUGAAGGCCAUGGAAAAACUGGAGAGCGUCAGGGACAAGUUCCAGGAGACCAGUGACGAGUUCGAGGCGGCGCGUAAGAGAGCUAAAAAGGCAAAGCAAGCCUUCGAGCAGAUCAAGAAAGAGAGGUUUGAUCGUUUUAAUACCUGCUUUGAGUCUGUGGCCACCAACAUCGAUGAGAUCUACAAAGCUUUGUCACGCAACAGCAGCGCCCAGGCUUUUCUGGGCCCAGAAAACCCAGAGGAACCGUAUCUGGAUGGUAUCAAUUAUAACUGUGUGGCGCCAGGGAAAAGGUUCAGACCCAUGGAUAACCUGUCUGGAGGAGAGAAGACGGUUGCUGCCCUGGCUCUGCUUUUUGCUAUCCACAGCUACAAACCGGCACCGUUCUUCGUCCUGGAUGAGAUUGAUGCCGCUCUGGACAACACUAAUAUUGGCAAAGUGGCCAAUUACAUUAAAGACCAGUCAGUACAAAACUUCCAAGCUAUUGUCAUUUCUCUGAAGGAGGAAUUCUACACCAAGGCUGACUCUCUUAUAGGCGUUUAUCCAGAGCAAGGAGAUUGUGUUAUCAGCAAAGUUCUCACCUUUGACCUGUCGCAGUAUCCUGAUGCCAACCCGAAUCCAAAUGAGUAACAAGAGCCUGCUCAGUACUGUCCUACAUAGUUACAGAUCAUGUAUUCAGUAAGUCUUCAGUUUUCUUUUGUUUUUAUUUUUUUUUAUAGUGUAGUCAUUCAUGAAAGCUUUCCUUUCUGGGAUGUUUUUUUUUUUAGUAAAACCUAAGAUUUCUGUACAUUUAAUGGAAACAACCCGCUCUGAAUUUGACCAUUAUUGUUCAUUAUUAUAGUGAAUUAUGAUGAAGUAAAAGGAGACUCAAAGCUUUUUAGUGAACUGUAGGAUUUUUACGAACCAGUUAAUGAAAUACCUUUAAAAUAAGCAAGUUCCUUUUUUAUACCGUCUAAGGCUCUCAUUUUGUUUGCUUAAAGCCUUUGCGUGUCCUCUGCGUGUUUAAAAGCAAAUUACAUUUUACAUGUGCAAGUUGUUUUUUUUUAAAGCUCAAUCAGGAGUUUUUAAUUGUGUGGUGGAUGGAUUCCCUGUGUUUGGUAACUAAAUAAAGCAGUGAAAAUGGCUGCAGCUUAAAGUGCUAUAGGAAGAUUUCAAAGCUUUUUGAAACCUGACUUAAUAAUAUUAUGUUGAAAGUACCUAAAAAGUUGGAGUAUCACCUGAAACCACUUCAGCAUGAAUAAGAUGAUUAUGUCUAUUUGUUUGGUUGGCUUUGCUUUAAUAAAUCUAACGUGAAAUUA